UUAGGAAUGUUCGUGUUACAAAACAUUGAACACGGAUGAUUGGCACUGGAAACGAGUCGCAAUCUCAAACAGAGGAAAUCCCUACUAAUUUUUGACGUUUGUUAGGCUACUACUACAGCUUGUGUAUCGUUAUCAGAAUAUGUCAUGCUAUGGAUCCCACAGUAGCGCCAAUGCAACACGAAACUGAGACAGAGCCAUACUCUGGGUGGGGUUGGUGGCCUUCCUGGCGUCCGACUUCCAUGUCCCUCCUGAAGAGCACAGAGGCCAAGAUCCUCUCCUGUAUACAGAAUGAAGUGUGGUCCAGGUUUGUCACGUUACCCAACCAGGACAGGAUCUGGACCCUCACGUUGACCAACAAGACCACCCACAAACCUCUUGAGCAAACCCCUAAGAAGACUCCUCUGGUGAUGGUCCAUGGGUUUGGAGGAGGAGUGGGUCUGUGGAUUCGUAACCUGGAUGCUCUGAGUCACUCUCGGCCCGUCUACGCCUUCGACCUCCUGGGGUUUGGCCGGAGCUCCCGACCCCCCUUCCCCACAGAUGCUGCCCUGGCCGAGGAGCAGUUUGUCAACUCCAUGGAGCGGUGGAGGGAGUCUGUAGGCCUGGAGAACAUGAUUUUACUGGGACACAGUCUGGGGGGAUACCUGGCAACAUCUUACGCCAUCCAACACCCUUCUAGGGUGAGUCACCUGAUCCUGGUGGACCCGUGGGGUUUCCCUGAACACCCACAGCCAGGGGUGGAGACCCCGGCGGGCCAGGGGCCAGAGGUGGUGAAGAGGCCACCCCUGCCACGCUGGGUCAAGGCUGUGGCCUCAGUCGUCUCUCUGUUCAACCCUCUGGCUGUCAUCAGAGCAGCAGGUCCAUGGGGUCCAGGGUUGGUAAAUAGAUUGCGUCCAGAUUUCAAGAGGAAAUUUGAGGACUUGUUUGAUGAUGAUACCAUGACCGAGUACAUCUACCACUGUAAUGCUCAGACCCCUAGUGGGGAGGUAGGCUUCAGGGCCAUGUCAGAGACCCUGGGCUGGGCCAAGAGGCCCAUGCUACAGCGGGUUCACCUGCUGCCCCCCUCCAUGCCUCUUACCAUGCUAUAUGGUUCACGCUCCUGGGUGGACAGCACCUCGGGAGACAAGGUGGCCCAGAUCAGGGUCCAGACAGCCACACGCACUGUGAUGAUAGAUGAUGCGUCUCACCAUGUAUAUGCUGACCAACCAAUGGAGUUCAACAGAGUGGUCCAGAACAUAUGUAACGAUGUAGACUGAAAAAGCAUACAUGACUGACAAACCAAGAUGUCAUAAUGUGUGUCUUGGUCUGUACCUCGUUAGUGCCACAGAAAUGGCUCCAAUGUUGGUGGGAGAUUUUUAUAAGAUGGGCCUAUUCCACUACAUUCUGAUCAGUGGACACUAGUUGGCUAAGUGGUUAUGAUAUAUGCCAUUUAGCAGAUGCUUUUAUCCAAAGCGACUUAAGUCAUCCGUGCAUACAUUUUACAUGUGGGUGGCCCAGGAGUCAAACCCACAAUCCUGCGAUUACAAGCACCGUGCUCUAACAACUGAGCCAUGCAGGACCAAUUGGAAUGCUUAGGGCCAGGAACUGACCAUGUGACCUGACCAGGAAAAGUCCUGGGCAGGUUACAUGGUCUGGUGAAGUCUUGGUUCUGCUCCAAUGACUGUCAGGCAAACCCUGCACUGAAGGUCCCCUGUCCAGGUUGGGAUGAUAGACAAGGCCUUGACAAUGGAGUGUUUCCUAUUCAAUCACUUAUUCAAUUGUAUUUUAUCAGUACUGUUCCUAUAAGUAGGGCAAGGAGUUUUUCCAUGUAGUCUGGGAAACCUCUAGGAUCUAGCUAUAUGUUAUACACAGUAAUCCAUUGUCAUUUAGUUCAUAUUGCAGCCUUCUGACUAAAGCGAAGUUCACAAUUCUGUUAUUUGAAUGAAUUAUGGAGAGUCAAUGCAAUAAGAGUUUGGGUGGAACACUCAAUGUUCAGGGUAUAUAUUUAUGUUUCUUUCUGUAACUAUGGUAAAUGCCACUGCAGCAUGCUUUUUAUCAUGUGCCUGAGUUGGAAAGUAAAUAUGUGAUUGUAAUUUUCUCUGUGACCUCUAAUCUUCACUAUCAAAAUGUCUGUAUUUUAUACUACUACAUGGAUUCAAUAGAAAUGUAUAUGAUUAACAUAAUGCUUAUCUCUGAUCUCAUCAUUGAUCUGUCAGGCGUCUGUCUCUGUCUGUUUCUCCAUGUCGAGGGUAUUCAACCAUCUGAUGAUCCAACCAUUACUAUCCAUUUUUCGGUAAUUGCUCUGCACCUCAUUUUGCUUAUUUAAAAAGGGUGAAGUAUACAGUUAGUAGAUUUGUGCUCUCCAGAAGCUAAGGAUCUUGUUACUAUGACUGCUCUGUAUGCUUGAAAUGCAUGGUAAUUUGUACUAAGGUACUGUCCUGUGCAGGAGGUUUAUGGUGUUUCUUUGGCACGUAAAAGAGUGGUGCAGUGCAGAGUCCAAUAAGGGGUGUGCGAAUGAGCCACACUGAUCCCAAUCCUAUCAACUUGUAAAUGUACUGUAGAGAUUCAAUUAGAUGCAUGAAAUGUUCCAUUUCCACAGGAUAAAGUGUGCAAGACACACCUUUGCCUGAAGCCAUACAAUUUACAUUGAUAAUAACAGGGUAAAGCAUAAACCAAGACUUCUGGAUUAAACAAAGAGACUUGGCUGCAGAUGGAAAGUUCCACUACUACAAGUAUGCAGUUGCUACAGUGACUAAUGGCUUCUUUCUGAUCUCACACCUUUCCAUUCAGUCGGGGCUUGUCUUCCAGGGAGUCAUGCACAUAACUCAAUAGGGAACAUCACUCUGUAGUUGUUUUAUUAGCAAAUACAUUGACAAUACAUAAAAAAAGGUACAUUAAUACAAUAAAAUGUAACUCUUUAAAACA